CGUUAAACAUUGUGACACCUUUACAGAUAACGCAAUUAUCUGUACUCCGUUACAAACGUUAUAAAGAACGAUAAAGAACACGAACUUCAUUUCCAUGAUAUCAUAAAUCGAUCAUAACUAUUGUCAGCAGUUUCGAUAGUUUCGACUUUCUUAAUUUCAAUCUAUCGAUACACUAGAUAAAUUUAUGCAACUGUUCAUCAUAUCACACGUAAACAAAAAUAUUAUUUGAUAUUUACGUUAGAAAUGUUGUGUUAAUUUGCUGAUAAUUUGAACAUUUUGUUGAAGAUACGUGUCACUGUUUUACUGUGUCCUGUAUUAUGUGACAUGGAAUGGCAGAAGUACACUUACUUGGUCAAAUAAUUGGAGCAAGUAAAUUCCCUAAUCAGAGCUUAUUUUGCAAAUGGGGAAUACAUGCAGGUGGUGGCUGGAAAGUGAUAUCUGGUUUGAAGGAAGGUCAAACACAAGUUGAUGAUCCUGCAUAUGGCAGCGUUACGUACUGGUGUCAUCCAAUAGACAUUCAUUUUGCAACAAAAGGCAUUCAAGGUUGGCCCAAGAUUCAUCUUCAGGUGUACCACCAGGAUCAGUUUGGUCGAAAUGAGAUAUAUGGUUAUGGUUUCUGUCAUGUACCAACUGCUCCAGGGUGCCAUAGUUUUGAAUGUCUCACUUGGCGGCCUGUUGGUACUGUGCGAGAUCAGUUUGUCCAGUACUUCCUUGGUGGUGGGCCCCAGCUUAAGAAUCCAGAUUUAAUUUACUCUGGCAAUGAUCGCUAUCGCUUACAAACAGAAACAAUGGGCGUGGUGCACUUGGAAAUAGGUGUCAUCCUACGUAAUUUUGAUAAAUAUGGAGUUGAAUGCUGACUCUGUUUAAUGGCAUCUUUAAAUGAAGAAUUUUAUUCUUAAAGAUUAAUUUUGUAGCUGUAAUGUUGGGUAAAUUGACGUUUUUAUUUGUGUUUAUGUAUAUGCACAGAGUGAAACAGUCUGAGGAAUAAAGUUUGACUAAAGUGAA